UUUUGUGCUUUCCCAGCGCCGUGGUUUUUAAAGAUGUUGGCGAAAUCUUGAUGGAAUUUGAGAAAAUCAGUUUGAAAUUAAUAAGGAUCAGAUUAGUAUGCGCCACAGAGAAGUUUCUUACUCAAUUCUUCGCCAUGGAAGGUACAAACAUUUUGCCCGAUGUUGCUCCAGCAAAAUUUUGUCCCUAUCCUUUUGUAGCUAUGGUAGUGGAAGGUGAAGACGCUAUUAGUAAAGUUCAUCAGCUAACAUCAAUGACCGAGAGAUUUCCCUUUCUGAUGCCUUUUGUGCGUGCUUAUAGCAGUGUCACACCUGAUAGUGUGGAAGAAGAUUGUAGAUUGUGGUUUGGUAUUGACUCUCCAAACUGGAUGGAAGAAGCAAAAGAAAGUAAUCUUCUGGCAGUCGCACUCCCAGGUGGCCAAACAUUUGGCCCUGUUGAAACAGUGUUGGAGAAGUUAGCUGAACGGUGUCUCCUUAAGUACAGGUACUUUAAGGAACAUAUUUUAUCCAGCAGUUCCGAUCUCUACAGCAGUUUCCGCAGCAAUUUCUCCAAUGAAGAUCUGACAUUCGUCUUAAUCAGGCCUAUUGCUUUUGAAAAGGGAUAUGUGGGUCAUCUGCUAUCCAUUAUUGAGAACAUGGGUUGUUGCCUCAGAGGUAUGGAUUUGGUAAACAAACCCAAAAAUCCUAUUGGCGAUGCAUGGCCUGCUGAUUCUUGUUCCUCACAUGAAACGGAUGAAUAUGGUAUUGCCUUGCUUAUUGAAAAUUUUUACUACCAUGGGGUACAAAUAAACACGAGUUGCAGCGAUGCUGGUAUGCUGAUUGACACAAGCAAAGAGAAGGUUGGAAUUUUCAGCCACUUAAUUUACAUAGGCAAUCCUGGUGACACUUGUAUGAUUGGUGAUUAUUUCAAAUGCGGUACUGUUUCCUGGGUGGAUUCCAGCACUGGUGCUAUCUGUGGUGGUUAUUUUUUGGCAACCUUGUCGAGCCUCCAAUUUUAAGAUGACUAAGCAUGAUGUGUUCUUAUCUGGUAUAUCAAUUGUCUCUGAAUUGGGAAAUGUCGUGUGUUACUCACUUUCUCUAUGUUUGGAACGAACUUAAUCAUUUUCUCUAUGUUUGGAACGAACACAAAUUCCGAGCACGGUUAAAUAAAUAAAUAGACUUUUCCCU